GAGGAACGACCUCCGAGUGUGUUGGAUUAAAGGGUCCCAGUUCCUGCCUCAGACUUCAGGUUUCCAUGGAGGCAAGUUCGUCCCUAAGCCUCAAACGAAGAUAUGAAGAGGUGGACAGCGGCUCUCUGUUCUCCACACCUAAGGACUCCGACGAUGACAUCUCCAGCAGCGACAGCGCUGACAGCUGCGACAGCCUCAACCCUCCGUCCAACGCCACGUUUACACCCACCUCCAUCCUCAGACAGCAGAAGCCGGCGCUGGGGGGGAAGCGGGUGCGUUUCGACGUGGUAACGGUGUAUUACUUCCCCCGGAGGCAGGGCUUCACCAGCGUGCCCAGUCAGGGGGGCAGCUCGCUGGGCAUGGCCCGCCACCACUCCUCCAUCAGACACUACACGCUGGGCGAGUUCGCACGCGAGCAGGAGAGCAGCCACCGGCACACCUUGCACCAGCACCUGCGCCAGGAGAAGCUCAACGCCCGCAGGAUGAAGCUGACGAGGAACGGCACUGUGGACUGCGCUCAGGCAGACCUGCUGACUCUGGACGACGUCUCAGACGAGGACCUGGACGUGGACGCUGUGGAGGUGGACGACUGUUUCUUCCUCCAGCCGCUGCCCACGAAGAGUCGCCGGGCCCUGCUGCGAUCCUCGGGCAUCGCCCGCAUAGACGCACGUGAGAAAGCCGAGCUCAGAGCCAUCCGCCUCUCCCGGGAGGAAUGUGGCUGCGAUUGUCGCUUGUACUGUGACCCUCGCCACUGUGGCUGCAGCCAGGCUGGAAUUAAGUGCCAGGUGGACCGGAUGUCCUUUCCUUGCGGCUGCUCGAGGGAUGGCUGCGGCAACGUCGCAGGCCGCAUCGAGUUCAACCCCCUCCGCGUCAGAACUCAUUACCUGCACACCAUAAUGAAGCUGGAUGUGGAGAAAAGGAGGAUUCAGAUCCAAGGACCUGGGGAGCACUUUGCUGAAUCAGACCUGUCCUCGCCCUCCUCCACUUGCCCCACCUCCCCAACCCUUUCCUCAGGCAUCGGCUUGGACUCUGAGCUGGAGGAGAGCGAGGCGCAGUCGGUUGAGGAGGUUCAGGAUCUCAUGGCCGAGCAGGACGUCCUGGAGCGAGAGAACGAGGCAGCUGUGCUGCACCUGCAGAGUGCAGAGGAGCAGGAGAGGAGGGAAAGAGAGGAGGCUGAGGGGGAGGCGGUGCAGCAGGAGCUGGAUGCUGGUGGGAUCACAGAGCAGCCUCUCUGUCUCCUACCCCGUGCUUUGGGAGGGGCACUACCUGAGCAGGAAGAGGUGCCAGGUGUGAAUCAGAUCCUCCUGCAGGGGCCUUUCCCUACAGGGACCACAGUGCUGUGCAUCUCUGACAACCAGGAGGAGAGCCCCUCUGAGCUCCUCAAGGACUCCACGUCUCUGCUCUACUAUCAGCUCAGCCCUAUAGAGCCCGGAGCGUUCGAGACGCUGCCGGGAGCCGAGGGACGUGAAGAAGACCAGCAGUCACAGCACGCAGCAGGAACUGAGUUAGGAAAGAGGAAACAAGAAGCAGAGGAGCAGAUGAAGGAUGAUCAGCAUGAAAACAACAGCAGACGAUGUUUGCCCAGCAUGAUUGUGCAUUCAGAGGAGUCUGCAGCUGCGGUGGAGGAGAGACCCCCCAGUCCUCAGCAAAACGUCCCCACAGAGCAAAGCCAAGAGACGUCCUUCUCAGAGAAACAUCCACUGCCUCCUGAAGCUUAG